AUGGUUGCUACCGUAAAGCGGACUGUGAGGAUUAAGACUCAACAGGCAAUCAUACCUGAUGUUCCUCCUCCGGUGGAAAAUUUUCCCAUGCGAAAAUGGAAUAUUGAAAUAUACUUGCUCGACGAGCAAGGCAAUGAGAUUUCAGCCAGUUUGUUCGAUAAAGUAGUGUAUCAUUUACAUCCUACGUUUGCUAAUCCAACGAGGACUUUCACUGAACCACCGUUUCGGAUCGACGAGCAAGGCUGGGGUGGCUUCGAGCUUCUCAUCAGUUGCCACCUUUUGGAGAAGGGUGGUGAAAGAAAAUUGACUCACGAUUUACAUUUCAUGAAGGACUCCUAUGAGGUAGACCAUGUCAUUCAAGUUCCUCUGAACAAACCACUCUUAAAAGAGGAAUUGCUGAAAAGCGGAUCUGUCGAUGAAGCAGCUGUUUCCGCUGCUGCUACACCAGGGGGUUCUGUGGAGAAAAGAAAGGCGACUUCGAAUGGAGAACCCAAAUCUAAGAAAGCCAAGACGGCGAGUGCAAACGCUGUAAAAGGCAGCGUGGAUUUGGAAAAAUUAGCGUUUGGGUUGACGAAAUUGAAUGAGGAUGAUCUGGUGGGUGUAGUGCAGAUGGUGACUGAUAAUAAGACUCCAGAAAUGAAUAUUACCAACAAUAUCGAAGAUGGCGAAUUCAUUAUCGAUUUAUACAGUUUACCAGAAGGUUUGUUGAAGAGUCUGUGGGAAUACGUCAAGAAAAAUACGGAAUGA